AUGGCCCCAUCAGACAUCAGCAUCCGGAACUUAACCGGCGACUGGGCGAUCGACAAGACAAAAUCAAAGAACAUCGACGGCGCGCUCAAACUGCAAGGCAUCGGCUGGCUCCGCCGCAAAGCCGUAACAUCGGGCACCAUCACGCUCAAAACCACACACUCGGAUAACAGCCUGAUGAUGCAGCAAGGCCUGCGCGGGAUCUUCCCAGGCGUCGAGCAGACCCGCUCCCUAGACUGGAGCGAGCACGAGCACGUCGACGCCGUGUCCGGGGCUGCGAUCAAAGUGCGCAGUCGGUUUGUGCCGGGUGUUUUGGAGGGGGAGAAGGUCAAGCCUGUUUUGCAGGUUGAGACCCCGACGGCGACAGGGAAGAGGGGUGAGGUUGAGGAGUACCUUGGUGCUGCGGUUUCUGCGCCGGGUCAGAGUGAUGAGACGAGGGAGAAGGCGUUUGUGCAGGAUUUUAUUGUUUGUGAGAGUGGGGGGUGGACGGCGGAGCAGAUCUGGGCCGUCGAGACUAUCGGGGAUGGACUGUUUCUGACGUGCAGGGCUGUUGCGGCGAAGGGGGAUGCCAUUGAGCAGGCGUAUCAGGUGUAUCAGUAUGAAGAGCAGAAGUAG